UUUCCCUUCUAAGUUCAUAGUCCUUCGUAAGCCUGCAUGAGUUCAUAUUCGGUCUCUCUUCCAUACACAGAGAGAGAGAGAGUGGGAGGAUCUAGAUGGGUGUGCCGUCGUUCUAUCGGUGGUUGAUCAAGAAGUAUCCAAAAGCUGUAGUCGAAGCCACUGAGGAGAGAGGAGUUAGCAUCGAUACGACCUCGCCAAACCCAAAUGGCAUUGAGUUUGAUCAUCUUUACCUCGAUAUGAAUGGAAUAAUCCAUCCUUGCUUCCACCCAGAGCAUCAUCCUUGCCCUCCGAAAACAUUCGAAGAUGUAUUCAAUAAUAUCUUUCUAUACAUCGAUCACCUUUUCAGCAUUGUUAGACCCCGGAAGUUACUUUAUAUGGCCAUCGAUGGUGUAGCCCCUCGGGCGAAAAUGAACCAACAACGAUCUAGACGUUUUCGGACUGCGAAGGACAGAGAAAUUUCCGAAGCAGAGGAAGAUAGACUAAGAAUACAGUUUGAAAGGGAAGGAAAACCUGUUCUUCCAAAACAGGAAUGUGAAGUUGAAGAUUCAAAUGUAAUUACUCCAGGAACGGAAUUUAUGUACAAAUUGUCAGAGGCCCUAAGAAGCUAUAUUAGUUCACGGAUAAACAAUGAUCCAGGCUGGAAGGACAUCAAGGUAAUACUUUCUGACGCUAAUGUUCCUGGUGAGGGUGAACACAAAAUCAUGUCUUUUGUACGCCAACAGCGAAGGGUUGCCGGGUAUAAUCCAGAUACUAGGCACUGCAUUUAUGGUCUGGAUGCGGAUUUGAUAAUGCUUGCUUUAGCAACUCAUGAAGUUCACUUUUCUAUUAUGAGAGAGAAUGUACUACCACAAGGGCAGCAACCAGUCCAUGAAUCUUCUAAUAUGGCCAAUACAAGUGCGCUUUGGGUUAAAAAGCCUUAUCAAUUUCUACAUAUAUGGAUAUUGAGAGAGUAUUUGGAGCUUGACAUGAAAAUAUCUGAUGAUUCUGAUCCUCCUGGGAAUCUAACAAUUGAUCUGGAGCGGAUAGUUGAUGAUUUCAUACUUAUGUGCUUUCUCGUGGGAAAUGAUUUCCUACCACACAUGCCUUCAUUAGAAAUUCACGAGGGAGCUCUUGAUUUAUUGAUGGCUGUUUACAAGAAAGAGUUCAAGAACCUUGGUGGCUAUCUUGUUGACAUGAGUCGGCUCGGUGAAGAUAAAAGAACAGGUUAUGUAAAACUAUGUCGUGUUGAGAAGUUCUUUCUUUUAGUUGGCUCGUAUGAAGAGAGAAUUUUCAAGAAAAGAUCAGAAUUGCGGGAGAGUCAACUUAGAAAGCUUUGCAAAUAUGCCAAUAAUCAAGAUGAUUAUAAUGGAGGCUGUAUUAUGGAGAUUGGUACAAAGAAUAGCUCUUGCAUCUUUUUCAGCGAGAAAGCAUCUGACAAUGCUGAUUCUUCUGAAAUUGUUGAAAAUACAAAAGAGUUGAAUGAAAAAUUAAAAUCAAAUCUCUGCAAGCACAAUGACCUAUAUAGGAAGGGAAAUUGUACUGACAAAGUGAGAUUUGGGAAUGCUGGCUGGAAACAAAGAUACUACAAAGAAAAAUUUUCUGCGGAAAGCUCCAUGGAUAUUGAAAACUUGAGGAGAGAAUUACUUGCAAAUUACACUAAAGGAAUAUUGUGGGUUCUUGUGUAUUAUUAUUCAGGAGUUCCAUCUUGGACAUGGUUUUAUCCAUACCACUAUGCACCAUUUGCUUCAGAUAUGAAAGGACUUGCUCAAGUAAGAGUGAAGUUUGAAAAGGGUUCUCCAUUCAAACCAUUCGAUCAGCUGUUAGCUGUCCUUCCUCCAAGGAGCGCUCAUGCACUUCCUAAAGUAUAUCAGACUCUUAUGACAGAUGAGGAGUCAAGUAUUAUUGAUUUGUAUCCUUCUGAUUUUGACAUCGAUACAGAUGGAAAACGUUUUCAAUGGCAGGGAAUAUGCAAGCUUCCUUUUAUAGAUGAAGGACGCCUUUUAUCUGAAACCAAAGAAUUAGAGAAGAAUUUUUCGGAGGCUGAAUCAGAGAGGAACAGAAAUAGCAUUGAUCAGUUAUAUCUUGGUAGAACGCACAAGUUGGCUUCACAGAUAUUUUCACUCCGUCCAAAUCCGAACGAAAUGGUCAAUAUAGAUACCAGUUUGAGUGACGGGAUUGGUGGUUUUAUAUGUCUACUUAAUCAGUAUACCGAAACAGUUCAGAGGGUAGUCCAGAACAUAGAAGACGAUGGUAUCUUAUGUGUGUGUUUUGAGAUGAUUGGUGGAUUAAUGCAUAUUCCUUGUUUACUUCCUGGUGUUAAUGUACCAGAUAAGACAAUUACUGAAUCUGAUAUCAUGGAUACACAACUCUGGCAUGAAGACCAGGUUAACAGACCAACCAAUAGUUACAGGUUGUGGCAGACAUUGGGUAACGAAGAAGAUAAUACUUUUAAAGCUGCUUCAAGUCAGUCGCCUAAGACAAAACAUGAAGGCAAUGGUAGGACUAGGAGAUUUACUUCAGAAUCUUGCCCUGAGGUGAUUCGCAAAGGUGCUGGUAUUGGAUGGAGUACUGCUGGUAGAGGAAAAGUGAAUGCUAGUUUCAAUAAAAGUGAACAAACUAAGAGCACACCUGCUAAAAUUUCUAUCAACGAGGGAGCCAUUGUACCUGGCUCAACAGUUGUGGAACAGAAGUGUCUGGGGUCACGUUGGGAAGCUAGAAAGAAUUACAGCCAUCCUGUUCCUUUUGCUAGUGGCCUGAAACCACAGGUCAGGCCCUGCGGAACAACAGCUCAGUCGAUGAACAACAAUUUCUGGCGUUCUAGCAAUGGCAUGACAUAUGACACGAACAAUACAUGGCGGCAGAGCAUCAAAUCUGGGGCUAAUACCAGUAAUGGCCAUGGGAGGGCACAGCACGGCUCGAAAGAUUCUUUGACCUACUCCUGGAAGCCAGUCGGCAGCUCAAUGCAAGGCCAUGGCGGAAGCAGACAGGUUCCAGAUUCUUUUGGCAGGGAAACUGGCUUCCAUGGAUAGUUUCAUCCAUGCAUGGCCUUUACCGAUCGCCUUUGGUUCUUUUAGUGUUAAAUGUGUACAUGUGGUAUUUAGAUGUUUUGAGGCGUCAUUACAUGUUGUGCCAAUCUGGAGUCUUUCUAGCAUUUUACUCUCUUGAUUUCAAGUAUCUUUGCGCUUUCUUCUUCUCUGACAAUUAUUAUAUGCUGUACUUCCUGUAGUCAACUUCUUAUUUUGUAUAAGCUUAAACGAUUGAUAAGAGGGUGAUAUCAUGGCCUACAUAUGCUA